AUGUCCAGUGGACAACGCUUGGAUUGGGUCACCAUUACCCGUCUUCUUCUUGGACCUGACAUGGCCCUGGGCCUUGAGGCAUCUCAGGCCACGAAAGCCUGCGGGAGCUGUGGGAGCCACCUGGCGCCAGAUGCAAACUUCUGCCGCAAGUGUGGGAGGCCACGCGAGGACCAAGGAGAAGCCUGCCGCUCUUCCGCGCGGCGUGGUGGCUCUUCCAGCAGCGGGGCCGAGCAGUCACGGAGGCGUGCCGCAUCGGUGCCACAAAAACGUCAUUCUCUGCCUAAUGCUCCAUCCGACAGUGAGGAUGAAGUCACGCUGGAGCCCGAGUCCUUGAAGCCAGUGGGAGCCUUAAAGACCAUGUCGCCAUACAAUGCCAUGUCGCUCGACUCCAGAGCUGUGACUUUUCUCAGCCGCGCGGAAGAAGCAUUCUUCGAGGAGCGGUCUGCAAGCUUGAACUGCUUGGGCUAUAGUUGA